GGCGAAUUGGACAAAUUGCUCAGUUUGCGCAGCGGCAACCCCAAUUUCGCGCUGUCAAAGUUUGGUGUGAAUUUAAUCGAAUUAGAGGGGGAGGUGCAACUUCCCAAUGAUGUCACAGAAAAUGAGAUCGUUGAAGGCUUCAGUGGCCCACCAGCCAGUGCAUCCGCAGCAGAUCUACGAGAUGCAGACUGUCGAGCAAUUGAUUGAGUUGAUUGAGAUUGUGGCGGCUUCUUUGGCGUCCGCCACCGUUGAUGCGGGCAAGAUGAACAUGCUGCUGUCGAAUUUGCGUGUGUACGGGCCUCAGUUGGAGGCGCUGUCGAAGGAUGUGCUGGACAAGGCCUUUGUCACGUUCAGAAAUGCGUCGCAAGAUGAGAGGCUCAAUAUCAUGACGCGUCUCAAUUUGCUCGAGUUGAUUGAGUUGCGGGCGAAAUCGUGGCAGAUCUCGGACGAAGUCAACACAUAUUACAAGCACAAGGCGACAAAUGUUGAGCCUGCUUUUGUAUCAUCGGCAACUGUGAAUGAAUUGACGAUGUUGAGCACCUCCCCCCCAGAAUUGAUGGGCCAAUCGCAACCCGCCAUUCUGGCGCCCGGUGAGCUCCUGAGGAAUUCUGGGAAGUUCACGAAGCCCACGAAGAUCCCCGGGAAGAAUUACUCGAAGGACGAAGUGGUUAUUCGCAAUGCUGACUCCGGAAAAGUUAUGGGCAUAAAAGGACGUAGAGUGCACAUGAUUGAGGAGUUGAGUGAGACAAUCAUUUCAUUUCAGAGAGUGAAUCCUGGAGCCAAAGAGCGACUGGUUCAGAUCACCGGACCGAACGAAGAGAAGAUCAACUACGCCAAGCAACUGAUUGAGGACACAAUCAGGAGAAAUGCAUCGCCUGUGCGUCUGGAGACGUCUCAAGGCGGCGGAUCGUGCAGUUCGCUGGCCUCGUCUGCCUCGGAUGAGACGCAGAACUCACUGAGAGCCGCCCGGAACAGUAUUGGUGCUGCUGCCAUUGCCGUGAUGGCGGCCAAUCAGCUCAACAACAAUCCCUUCUUGCCCGGCGCGGCGGCCGCCCAGGCGGCGGCUCCGCAGGUGCCCUCGGCGGCUGGCAAGUUGUCGCGUGGUAGCGGAGUGGCUACCAGUGGUCAACUGCUCCUGCACAGCUACUCGACCAACGACGCCUCACUGGGUGAAUACAAGUUCACCGUGAGCGUUGGUCCGCAUAAUCUCAAGAUCACGGGCGAUCGCUGUGAUCUAGUCAGGGCUGCCAAACUUGUGCUGGACGAUUACUUCAGCAGCAGCGAAUUCUUGGCCUCUGUCGAUGUUGGAUUGGCGGGCACGUUUGAGGCUCAAAUUCCAUCCUAUUCGCAGGGAAGUGGAUCCGUGCCAUCGACACCACUCAAUCCCUACGCCCCGCCCGUUGUGCCAGUGUCACAUCAACUGGGCGGCUCUACGUCUCCCUUCGCCGACAGCGGCAUCGGCUUGAAUCUGCUGGUGGCGUCCGGAUCGCCUGGGAAUGGCUUGAGCAUCGAUGCUGACGAUGAUGUCUUCGCCAAUGAGACUUUGAACACGUCAACGGAGAGUUCAUCGUCGCACGCUUCGAGCAACAACAGCAUUGUCACGUCCAACAAUGGACUCACGCGCUCACGUCGGAGUCAUUUUUCGCGCCAGGAGAGCACUCCUGAGGCGAUAAGCAAGGAGUCGACGGAGAAUCGCAUCGUGCACGAGUACGAGGACUUGAUUGCCUUCGCCAAGUCGCCGCUGUCGUGGGCGCUGCCCAAGGAUUGGACGAAGAUAUGCGAGAAGCAUCCUGGAUUGGUGCGCAAUAAGGAUCUGGCGGACGAGAAGAGUCGCUUCGACGGCGAGAAGCACUUGCAACUCCACAAAUCCGGCGCCUUCGCGGACAUCGUUUACGUGAUCGACGACUCGGACGAGCACGAAUGAGAGUCGCCCUGUGAUUCCUGUUCCGGCGGAUGCUCGAGGGAUGCAUUUUGGGGGAGAGUUUUGGCAGCACAUGAAUUAAUCGAAAAUUACACACACACGAAACGUAGGAAUUUUACAUUAGCAAGCAACUACAACUCUAGUCUAAUUCUCAACUGAGGAAAAAAGAAGUGUUUCGCGCGACGGCGGAUGAAGAAAAGAGUCAUUUUAAUCAUCAAACAAUGUAUAAUUUUUAUUUCUUACAUCCUUACAGUAAUCUUCUUUUAUACUUAAACGCAAAAAAAGGGUAAAUUAAUCGAAAAUGUGGGGGGGAAGAUGAUAAAGUCCUGGAAAAAAGUAUUUUCUUUCUCUCUCUUCAAUUUUUUUGUUUCUUCACUUUGUUUCACUGUAUUUAUCAAAAAUUUAGGAGCUGCAAGAGAGGAACGAAAGGGAUUUUUUUUGUAACUGUAAUAUUUAAAAAGUAAUUUAUAUAAUGGUGUAAUCUUUUGUUGUCUCUCGAAGGAGGAAAAAGAAAGUAUAAUAAUAA